GAGAAUAUUUAGGAGAGGUAGACGCAUGCGUCACUCUUCCCGCCAUAUAUUCUAACUUCACAAUAUUAUACAAUAUUUACCACUAUUACAGGAUGAGUGUCCUUUGCCAAAUAGCAUAUUUUUAUAUGGCCAUAGUGGGACUGGUAAAACCUUAGUUACAAGUGCUGUGCUGGAGAAGCUGGGCAUCCUCACCAGUUAUGUUAGCUGUGUUGAGUUCUACACUACCAGAGUCAUGUACGAGACCAUACUUAAUCAUCUUAGUGGCACUGUUCCAUCAAGUAUUAACAAUUACUCAUCGUAUGCAUCCUGUGACAACAUCGGAGAAUUUAUCAAGCAUUUGAGGAACAUUGCUUACAGCAAAGGGAAGCCACGGAUGAGUAUUGUUUUAGAACAGAGUGAGCGUCUCCGUGACUCUGAUGCCAACAUUCUGCCUGUGUUAUGUAGGUUACAGGAGCUUACCCAGGAUAUCAAUAUUAUUGUCAUCUUCUUAUCAUCACUGCCUAUUGAAAAGUUUCGUGCUGCUACUGGAUUCAUGGAGCCUGUUGUCAUCAAUUUUCCUCAGUAUACUAAAGGUAGGAGGUGUGGAUCUUUAAAUGUUAUAUACAGUAAACCCCUCGUAAUGCACGAGUUAUGUUCCUGAAAACCUGCUUGUGAAGUGAGCAACUUAUG